AUGGCCGAUUCUAAUGAUCCUGCUGUGAAAGCCCGUCGGAAAGAGAUUUAUGAGGAUGCCCGCAAUGCUGUUCAGAAUUUACGUGCCAUUCGUACCAACACCGCACCUAUUCGUCACAACAAAUGGCGAAAACCGGAUGCGGGAUUAACCACUAAGAAUCUCAACUUCAAAGGCUUCAUUGCCGAGGGUGGUUUCGGUUCAGUAUACCUUAUCGAAAAUAGUGACACCAAGGCUCAGUAUGCAUUGAAGCUUCAAGAACUUCGGCUUCCAGAGAACGAAUCACCGUUCAGGACACCACCCAAAGACAAAGGUGCACCGACACCUCCAAUCACGCCCAGUAGUGAACAUACGAAGUUGUCAGAAAAGGCAAUGAGAGAACGACAUUUGUUGACGAAACGUUUCGUGGAAACAAAAUGCUACUUGCAACAUAUUCGUUCUAGUCAUCCUUUCAUUUGCAAUUUAGAAGCUUUUUUCGAUUUACGAGGGGGUGGAGAAAUCAUUGGGAGGGAAGCGGAGAUGGCCCAUGCACUUUUCUUCGAGUAUUGUGAUUGGGGUACCUUGGAAUAUGUCGUAAAGAGCUAUUACGAAGUACCACGUUUUGGUUCCAGGAGUUCAGUUGAUGCUGAAUUCAAGAGAUUGCCGAAGGGAAUGCCACCCAUAUACAAGGUACAAGCAUUACCAGAAGCAUUCAUUUGGCAUGUCUAUAUGCAGAUGAUGGAAGCUCUUGCAUUCCUUCAUGGUGACCACCCCGAGUACAAUCAAAAAAAGGAGUUUCACCGGCGUAACCAGCUCGUUGUGAUUGAUAUCAAGUUAGAUAAUAUAUUUCUAAAGGACUCCGGGGUGCCAAACACAUACCCAACUGUGAAGCUUGCGGAUUUUGGAGAAGCUGUAUUUGUGCCGCACGGAGAAUCUCGCUGGGCGGAACUUGGAACCGCGUUGUUGACGCCACCCGAAGGAACUUGGAUGAGCGAUAAGUAUGACGUUUGGUGCGCGGGGGUUGUAUUGUAUAUGUUGUCGCAUUCACAUACAUUACCGGAGAGACCUCCGAUGCCUGUUUUGAAAAAAUAUCCCACGGUAACGCCGAUAUGGAAGCAAUUCGAUGCACAUCUUUCCACAGACUUAUGUGUACAACUUCGAAGGCCAUUAGUAAUGGAUGCAAAGAAGAGACCAACGGCAUUUGAAUUGUGGGAAAUAGUCAGGCCUCUGGCUGAAGCAAGAAUACCUUUGCUGUUUAGAGGGCUGCAAAACUGGGCGAAGCCGGGUGACCCUUUAGAAUUUAAGGAAGAGGACCUCAAAUGGAUUGAAGAGGGGGGAGCUCCCAGCGAGAGCGAGAAGGAAGAAGUAGAAGAAAGUGAGGGGUUUGAUGAAUAUGAUCAUACGCCUGAUCCUUCUUCUUCUGAAGAAGUUGAUCUUUCUUCUGAAGAAGAAGAAGAUGGAGAUGAAAAAGGAGGGAAAGAAGGAGGGGAAAGGGACCCUUCGACCCCAACUAAAAGUCCAAAUUUAUUGAAAAGGCAUCGAAGAGAAGAGGAACGAGGAAAAGAAAACUUGCCGCCCAUGAGGUCCAAAAGGAGACGAUUAACGAGGUAUCGAAAACUCCGUGCUUACCGGAUUUGA